AUGGAGCUUCACGUGAAUAGCUGGUGUUUGUUCAGUCUAAUCAGUUUUUGCUCAUUCAUUCGAGAAAACCAAGGCAUUAAAAGAACUUUCUUUAUUGGAAUAAGAGAGGAGCACUGGGAUUAUGCACCAGGAGGAUAUAACCACAUUAACGGGAAAUCUGCUGCUCAGGAUGAACAUGCAUCUGUAUUUCUCGAACAAGGCCCCCAUAGAAUUGGCCACGUGUAUAAAAAAGCUAUCUACAGGCAGUACACAGACGAGACUUAUACACAGGAGAUCCCAAAACCCAGCUGGCUUGGCUACCUGGGGCCUGUGCUUCGGGCUGAGGUUGAAGAUGUUAUUGUGGUCCGCCUGAAGAACUUUGCGUCCAGGAGCUUUUCUCUGCACACACACGGGGUCUUCUAUGAGAAAGACUCAGAAGGGGCACUAUAUCCAGACGGAACAUCUGGAAGAAUGAAGCAAGAUGAUGGGGUUCCACCUAGAGGAACGUACACUUACACGUGGACAGUGAAGCCAGAGUAUGGUCCAACUGCUGGAGAUCCAAACUGCUUGACCUGGGCUUACCACUCUCACCUGGUUGCUUCCAGAGACAUUUCCUCUGGACUCAUAGGAGCUCUGCUGACUUGCAAGAAAGGAACCCUACAGCCUAUUUAUGGAUUAAAUUCAAAAACACCAUCAAGGGUAACCUACUCUCAGGUACGAAGAACUGAUGUGGAUCAGGACUUUCUCCUUCUGUUUAGUGUGGUGGAUGAGAACCUGAGCUGGUACCUAGAUGAAAACAUCCAAAACUUUUGUUUCGAUCCAGAUGGUGUGGACCCAACUGAUCCAGAUUUUCAGCGGUCUAACCAGAUGAAUGCUAUUAAUGGCUAUGUGUACGGAAACCUUCCUGGACUGGAGCUAUGCCAGAACAGAAAAGUGGCAUGGCAUUUUCUCGGCAUGGGCAACGAGGUGGAUAUUCAUUCUGCAUAUUUCCAUGGGCACACAAUGUUGGUUCUUGGGCACCGCGUGGACACCGUCAGCCUGUUUCCUGCCACCUUCAUGACGGCAGAGAUGGUGCCUUUGGUGACUGGACGAUGGCUGCUGAACUGUCAGGUUAACACCCAUAUCCAAGAUGGCAUGCAAGCACUGUUCCAGGUUUCACACUGCGGUGGGCAGACGAACUCUGUGACUAUGGACGGGACUGUAAGGAAGUACUACAUCGCUGCUGAGCUGGUUCCAUGGAAUUAUGCUCCAUCAGGAAUAGAUGCUCUGACCCAUGUGUCACUGACUGAAAGUGGAAGACAUUCUGAGGUUUAUUUUAGCAGAGAAGGUGGUGGUCUGGGUGGGGAAUACAUAAAGGCAGUAUUCACAGCUUACACUGAUAGCACUUUUACAGAGAAGAUUAACACAGACACCCACCUUGGAAUUUUGGGUCCUGUACUGCAUGCUGAAGUUGGGGACGUAUUACAGAUUACAUUUUUGAACAGAGCUGACAGGAACUACAGCAUCCAGCCUCAUGGCCUCCAGUACGCAAAGAACUAUGAGGGAGCUCAAUAUGAAGAUGAUGUUGUGAAAAGUGGAUCUCAUGUGCAGCCAGAACACUUGUUCACCUAUAGGUGGGAGGUGAGAGAGGGGCCUUCUGAGAGUGACCCGGCCUGCAUCUCAUACCUGUAUUUCUCCUCCACUGACCCUAUUAAAGACACUAACUCUGGCCUCUUUGGCCCACUUUUAGUGUGCAAGAGAGGUACGCUGACCUCCAGCAACACCCAGAAAGAUGUGGAUAAAGAGUUCUUCCUGCUCUUCUCAGUUCUGGAUGAAAAUCUGAGCUGGUACCUGAACAGGAAUAUUCAGUUAUAUGGAACAUACGAAUCUGACCCAGAGGAUGAAACCUUUCAGGAGAGCAACAAGAUGCAUGCGGUGAAUGGCUACAUGUACGGGAACCUUCCAGGGCUGGAGAUAUGUGAGAAUGACCGGGUCAGAUGGCAUCUCUUAGGGCUCGGCACAGAAGUCGACAUGCAUGGGGUUCACUUCCAGGGAAACACCUUUCUAACAGAGGGCACCACUCGUGAUACCGUCGCCGUGUUCCCACACACUGCUGUUAGUGUUUUCAUGCAGCCAGAUACAACUGGGCAGUUUGAGUUAAGCUGCCAAGUCAGUGAUCAUUACAUGGGAGGAAUGAGGCAGCAGUACAGAGUAAAGAAGUGUGGGGACAGUCGGUCGUCUCGUCUGUCUGCUCCUACAGCAAACUACUACAUCUCAGCAGAGGAGCUGGAGUGGGAUUACGCACCAGAUCGCACCUGGGAACUUCAAAACUUUAACACCACAGAAGAAGACAGUCCAGGCAGUAUAUUUGUGGGGAGAGGAGAGACCCGGCUUGGCUCUAAAUAUAAGAAAGUCGUUUACAGGGAGUACACUGAUGCUACCUUUAGAAUCAGGAAGCAACGUGGGACUGCAGAGCAACAUCUGGAAAUACUGGGUCCAAUCAUCAGGGCUGAGGUUGGGGAGGUCCUUCAGAUCACGUUCCUUAAUAAGGCCAGUCGUCCUUACACUAUCCACCCUCAUGGAGUGAAAACUUCACCCCAAAAUCCAGAACCUGUACUGCCUGGAAACACAAGUACAUAUCUGUGGAGUGUUCCUGAGAGUUCAGGCCCAGGUGUCUCUGAUCCAAACUGCAUCACAUUCGCCUACUACUCUACUGUGGACUUGAUUAAGGACACAACCAGUGGACUAAUAGGACCACUAGUAAUCUGCAGGAAAGGAACAUUGAGCCAAACCAGACAAAGACUUGACGUGGAUCAAGAAUUUGCUCUUCUAUUCUUCAUCUUUGAUGAGAAUAUAUCAUGGUACCUGGAGGAAAACAUUCAAGUCUACUAUAACAGCUCACAUCCUCUGAUCAAGAAUGAAGACUUUGUGGAGAGCAAUAAAAUGCAUGCAAUCAAUGGCAGAGUGUAUGGAAAUCUUCAUGGACUAGAAAUGCAGAUCGGAAAUAAAGUGAACUGGUAUCUGCUGGGCAUGGGCAGUGAAGUGGAUCUGCACACUGUACACCUACAUGGCCAGACCUUCACCCACAAGACAGACCACACCCACCGGGCCGACGUAUACGACUUGUUCCCGGGCACGUUCCAGACGCUGGAGAUAGUCCCGGACAGUGAGGGAACGUGGCUUCUGCACUGCCAUGUGAAUGACCAUAUUCAUGCAGGCAUGGAGACAACCUACACCAUCAAGAGUCUAAACCUAUACAAGCCCAGCUCAGGGGCCAGCACUUCAUCUCAACACUUGGUAACUGUUUGGAUCCUGGUCUUCAUCGCCACCCUUAAUAUGGACUAGUAUGAUCUCAAAUAAAAAAAUAUUUAUAGUGUCUUAUUACAUGCUCAUUUAUUAAAGCUUUUCUGUCUUAAUGUUGUUUAUAAUAAAUAGAAGACUGUAAACCUUAAUCUAAAUUUUAUUGAUACAAGAGCAAUAAUUACACAUCAUGGUAAUAUAAAAUGGCUAGCAAAUGGCAAAUACAGGUAUAUAUUACUUUUAU